UUUUUUUUUUUUUUUUUAUCUGUCCUCAUUUCAGAAAGUCCCUGGGAAGUUCAGGAAGUUGUUCUCCGAGCUGGAGAGCCUGACGGACCCGUCUUUAAAUCACAAAGCCUACAGAGAUGCCUUCAGGAAGAUGAAGUCUCCCAAGAUCCCUUUCCUACCUCUGCUUCUAAAAGAUAUUACCUUCAUCCAUGAGGGCAACAAAACAUUUCUUGACAACCUAGUCAACUUUGACAAACUACACAUGAUAGCAGACACGGUGCGGAUUAUCAGGCAUUGUCGGACAGAUCACAUGGGAAACAUGUUGUCCCAGAAAGACAGCGUGGAAGUGAGAACGUACAUCAAUUACCUGCACGUCAUCGACAAUCAACAGACUCUGUUCGAACUCUCACACAGACUCGAGCCCAGGACAUAAAGCAACUCGAUACAUCCUAAAACCACCGCUGAAGACAGGACAGCAUCCUUCCUCUAACUGAAGACCGUGAUGAGUAAGUCCUCCAGUAGGGGGAGACACAGAACAGAUACAGAGUAUCGCACAGCCAAAGAAAUCUCAGCCAGUUCAACCCACCCCAUGAAAGGAACAAAAGAAGCUGAAUCAUGCAAGAACGGGUUAUAAAAGGAAAGUAUUCUGUAAGUUACAGUACAGAAAGAUCAUGUCGAUAUGUCUUCAUAACAGCACACUUUCGCUCAGUAGUGUAGGGCAGAUUUUUAGUUGAUUUGAGACAGUUUGCCACUGCAAAAUAGGGACUUUCACCAAUAAAUAAGAAUAUAUGCAUAUAUGGGAAAAUAAUAGGCACAUCUUUAUUCCUGUGUAGUCCAUUUAGUCUAUAAUGUGAGCUACAUGCACAAAUAACGAAACAAUGUGAUGCCUUUUUAGAUCAUGGCCAACAAACAAUUUGUAGACAAUCAGAAAAAUAUCCAAUAUUUUGUUCUGUAUUUUAGGAACUAUCGGAAGCUAGUAGAAGUUUAGAUUAAAGCGACAUCUUAAAGUUAUGCAUAUCUUUGAAGGGGGGAAACAAUAUCUGUGCAAUCUAUUUAGCAAACUGUAAUAGAGAUAAUCGGUUUUAAAUUAUAGAUGUAUUUUAUUGGAAAAGCCCUACUGAAAAUAACUGAGCAUUGGUUCUGUAAUGGCUUAGAUGAGAUGGUGCUCGAAGAAAGCAAAUUUAUAGAUUUCUCGUACAAGUUUUUGCUUUAACUUGUGAGACACCGAGAUAUUUAUUGAACGACAAACUUGUCCCCGAUUCAGAAGGGAAGACAAAACCGGUUUUAAAUGCAAAGAGAAGAUGUAAUGUACUGUAAAUGUGAUCAGUUGGUCUGAAGGAUUUGGCAACGCCAUUGAUUGACCAGUCUGAUAAUGCCUGUGAACUCUGUAAAUACUAAGACUUUGUUUUUAAUAAGUAAUGAUAAACAGGCCACAAAGCAAUAGCAAGGUGUACGUCUGACCUUCAGAAAAAAAUGUUAGCAGUGACUGACUGUAGCUGCUGUUUGCACUAGAUUUCUUCACAAAGAGCCUGACAUUAAAGGAAAAAAAUUAUAAUUGA